AUGACCACCUUCACUACUCUUUUUGGAUCUGCUGUUGUUGCCGUGCUGGCCGCUAUCUCACUGGCCGCGGCCAAUGCCAACCCUCUUCCGCAUGCAUCGGCGCCUAACAAUGCUAAUGAUGCGCUUGUUAAGCGCAGCGCUUGUGGCGGUGGAUGUGGUGGAUGUGGCGGAAUUGGUGGCUGGGGUGGUGUUGGUCCUGGCGUCGGCGUUGGCGUCGGCGUUGGCAUUGGUGGCUGGGGGGUGUUGGUGGAUGCGGUGGUUGCGGUGGCUGGGGCGGGUGCGGCGGGUGCGGCACUGGUUUCUGGCGCUAAAUGCUCCAAAGCCGCGCUCGUCGGAUCCUAG